CCUCCUCUCUCUCUCUCUCUCUCUCUCUCUCUAAGUCUUCGGUUCCGUUUCUCUCUUCAUUAAACGUGAAGCCAUAAAUAUCGAGCCCGUUGCGUGCCGGAAAACCACUGUAUUCCUCAGCUUUAAUUGGCCUGAAUUUGUUUCAGAUGGCCGGAAAGCCACCGGAAUCCUCCAUUCACCGUACCGAAUAAUGUAAUUUAGCCGCGAAGCCUCCGCAACUUUUGUUAUAGAACCGCAGUUUCCGGUAUUCUUUGGCGGGAAGCUAGUCCAAAUUCCUGUUAUUUUUGCCACAAAAGCAUCUGAUUUCUCUAUGCAGGAGCUGAAAUUCCGGUAAAUUUUGCGGGAAAAUACUGAUUUUCUCUUAGCGCUGAGUAGGACAACCUCUGACGAGAAAACCACUGUAUUCCAAUUACCCAAAAAAAAAACCCACUGUAUCCCUCCUUUCAAGCCCAGAAUCGGGUGAUUUCUGGUUCAAAAACCACCAGGUUUCUCCAUUUGCAGGCUGGGCUUCAGCAACCUUUGCCGGGUUUCUCCAUUUGAGGGCCAGAACUCUGUCAAAUUUUGCCCGGAAAACCACAGGAUUUAGGAUUUCUCCAUUUACAAGGGGGAUUCCAGUAAAUAAUAGCGUGAUUCCUACAUUUAAAGACCAGAAAUUUUUUGAAUUUGGCCCUAUAACCACGAAAUAUACCAUUUAGAACGGAUUCCGGUGAGCUUUGGCCGGAAUCCGAUGAUUCAGAGCAAAGCUGGGGAAAGCAGCUGAUCUCUUGGAGGGCAUCUUCGAGUGUGUUAAUGAAAUCACAUCGGCCAUUGUUUUCUCAAGUAGGAUGAGCGAUAACCACCAAGCUUACAGGGUUGAGACCACUCCUCGUCUUGCUCAAUGGAGAAUCGAGAACAUCUCUGCUUGCACUUACAGGAAGUCCGAUCCCUUCAAGAUUGGGCACUGGAACUGGUAUUUAACUGUGGAGAGGAAUAGGCAACUAUACAUCAAGCUUUUCCCUGAAAUUUCAAAGCUAUCAAAGGAACAAGCCCCAAUUGCUUCCUUUGUGGUUAGAGUCCUCAGUCCCGGUACCAGUAGAAGGACUCUGGUUUAUCCAGAAAUAAGUGAUAAGCAGCUCAAGAGUAGUGAGGAUUUUGUGUGGCCUGUAGAGACUACUUUCACAGGAAGGAUCAUAAUAGAUGUGGAGUUCUUCGAUCUGAAGAUCGCUUCUUCAAACGGUGGUGAGCCCUCCUCGAUCUGGUCUUUUGGUAAUACACUUCAAAACCGCUGCAACUCCAAGGCUUUGAGCUGCCUAAGCCGAAUGCUUUCUGAAGAUCUACACACCGAUGUCACCAUUAACGCCUCUAAUGGAAGCACCGGAGCUCAUCGAGCUGUGCUUGCGGGAAGGUCCCCUGUGUUUCAAGGCAUGUUUGCCCACAACCUCUUAGAGAGAGAGAGCUCAACAGUUAACAUCACAGAUAUGUCCAUAGAAGCCUGUCAAGCCUUUCUGAACUAUAUAUAUGGCAAUAUUCAACCUGAAGAAUUUCUCGCUCAUCGCCUUGCUUUGUUAAGAGCAGCUGAUAAGUAUGAUAUCGCUGAUCUCAAAGAAGCGUGUCAGGAGAGCUUGUUAGAAGACAUAGACUCGAAGAAUGUCUUAGAGAGGCUCCAGGAGGCUUCUCUGUAUCACCUGCCUAAGCUCAAGAGCAGUUGUAUGAGGUACUUAGUGAAUUUCGGCAAGAUAUUCGAUAUAAGGGACGAUUUCAAUGCUUUCAUGCUCAUAGCUGAUAGGGAAUUGAUUGCUGAUGUCUUCCAAGAAGUGCUGAAUGCAUGGAAAGGCUUCUGAAGAUCGUGUGAAAAAAGGAACCCAGAUGUUUCUUUUGGGGAAACUAUGAACAUAGCACUGAUUACAUAAAUAUGGCCGCCGAAAGAAAGAAAAAGAAGGGAAAUGACUUUAGUUUUUUGAAAAGGACUGCACAUGAAUAUAUGAGUGAGUGAGACAGAGAGAGAGAUUACAGGGUUGGAAUCACUUUCAGGAAAGGAUAUUGAGGGUGAGUUUCUCUCACUUUUUCAAAAUCCAUGUUAGUUUGGAAGUUCUUGAAGAAACCAGUGCAGGUUUUGAAGUAUUUUCUCAAAGUCACUGGUUUUUUUUUAUGGCACUUAUUGAAAAGGAUUACCAGUGCUACUUUCAUAGUUUCCCCUGGUCAAGUAUGGUGUGUGGGGUAUUUGCCAUUCUAUGUGAUUGUUGUAACCGCGAAUAUUUUUUCAUAUUGUACAGGAUUUGUUACAUCAAAGCAAUAUUCUUUUGUAAGAACUGGUAUUAUGCAGAUUUCUAUAAUGUCUUCUGUAAAUACUGAAUUGUUAACACAGCAAUUGCAUCCAAUGGACUCAUUUGAUGGAACCGGAUGAUAGAAUUGGCAGGCAAAAACUCAAUUCUCAUUCUCACAAAAAUUGAUUACAAUGAUUCCUGGAGAAAGAUGAAAUUUCUCACUCAAUGCCUCAGUAAAUUCAUGUAACCACAAAUACAAAACAAAUACAUUGGAAAGAGAGAUAUCCCUAACACGUGCUUAAGAAACUGCCUAACAAAACUGCACCUAACACCUGCUUGAGAAACCGCCUUAUAAAUCUGUGCCUAACACCUGCUGAAGAAACUGCCUGACAAAUCUAACA